AUGAGGGAGAUCAUUACUCUUCAAGUUGGUUCGUGUGGAAAUCAGAUUGGAGGGAAGUUCUGGGAGGUAAUAUCUGACGAGCAUGGCAUCGACCCUAGCGGCUGCUACCACGGGGAUUCGGAUCUUCAACUGGAACGUAUUAAUGUUUACUACAAUGAGGCCUCUGGCGGUAAAUAUGUACCGAGGUCUAUAUUGAUUGAUCUGAAGCCUGCUACGAUGGAUGCCGUUCGUUCUGGACCGUUCGGUUGUCUCUAUCGACCUGACAACUUCGUGUACGGUCAGGGUGGCGGUGCUAACAACUGGGCCAGAGGACAUUACACGGAAGGAGUGGAGAUAUUAGAAUCGGUUCUGGACGUUGUCCGUCGUGAAGCAGAGGGAUGCGACUGCUUGCAAGGUUUCCAAGUUAGUCAUUCGCUCGGCGGCGGCACGGGGUCGGGCAUGGGCACGUUAAUUAUCAACCGGAUUAGAGAAGAAUACCCCGAUCGUAUCAUACUAUCUUUCUCAGUUUUUCCAAGCGCGAGAGUAUCGGACUGUGUAGUGGAGCCGUACAAUACCACUCUAGCAGUGAAUCAGUUGGUUGAAAAUACGGACCACACGUUUUGCUUGGACAAUGAGGCGCUGUAUGAUAUAUGUUUCAGAACAUUAAAGCUGACUACUCCUACAUACGGCGAUUUAAAUCACUUGAUUUGCGCUACGAUGUCCGGGAUUACGACGUGUCUUCGUUUUCCCGGUCAGUUGAACGCGGAUUUAAGGAAAUUGGCUGUGAAUAUGGUUCCCUUCCCACGCCUCCACUUUUACACACCAGGCUUCGCGCCGCUCACGUCCAGAGGGGCGCAACAAUACAGAGCUCUUACUGUUCCCGAAUUGACGCUGCAAAUGUUCGACGCGAAGAAUAUGAUGGUUGCCUGCGACCCGAGGCACGGGAGAUAUCUGACGGUAGCUACAAUCUUCAGAGGUCGUAUGUCAAUGAAGGAGGUGGAUGAACAAAUUAUGAAUAUUCAGAAUAAGAAUAGUACAUAUUUUGUUGAAUGGAUACCAAAUAACUGCAAGAUCGCAGUAUGUGACAUACCGCCUCGAGGCUUGAAGAUGGCUUCGACAUUUAUUGGCAAUACGACGGCUAUACAGAGUAUAUUUAAGAGGGUGGCGGAACAGUUUGUGGCCAUGUUCAGGCGGAAAGCUUUCCUUCACUGGUACACUGGCGAGGGUAUGGACGAGAUGGAGUUUACAGAAGCGGAGAGCAACAUGAACGACCUCAUCUCUGAGUACCAGCAGUACCAAGACGCGACGGCGGACGAUGAGGGAGAGUUUGAUGAGGAAGCAGAGGGUGAAGGGCUGGAGGGAUGA